GGUCAUCCUAGGAUGUUAUGGUUUUGUCAUCAUAUUAUUACACUUCCUUACUACUAAGAAUUAUUCGGCUCAUAUAUUUCAAGGUUUUAACAUUAUGGUGAUUCUCUUUUCAGCCGUUCUCUGCCUGUGUGGUGUGUGCUUUUUGAAGUCAAAUGAUAGAAAAGAUUCUAACACUGGCAUUGAUGAAAUUUUACUAUACUUUUCAAUGUUGGGAGUGUUUGGAUUAUGCAUCUCAAGCUUUUCUUCCGCUGUCUACUAUUUGAGUGGCAAACAGGACGAUAAUAAGUAUGCAUGGCUAAAGUUGACAACAUCAGCGACAUGGGUUCUACAGGCAGCAAUCCAGUCUUGUUUCAUUGCAAUGGCUCUUCAUCGAAAACCCAAAGAAGUGAAGCACGUGGGUGGCGUUCUUAACAUUGGUUAUUUAGCUUUAGUUUUGCUUUUUUUUAAUUUUGGAAUGUGGUUGUUGGACACAAUUGAUUUAGAAGGACACUAUCGCAGUCUGUACAGUCCAGCUUCACUGAAAAAGCUGAACGAAUUGGAAAAUAAUCUUUUUGGUCAAGAAAAGUGGACUUGGAUCAUGCUCAUUUUCUAUCCACUUGCUAUAUUCUUCAGAAUCCAUUCUGUAUCAACGCUGUACCACCUGUUCAAGCUUCACAAGCACCUACUAAUUGAAACACAAGAAACUGGACCUUCACCUCCAGCUGAAGAACAAAGAACUGGAUCUCCACAACCAGCUGAAGAACAAGGAACUGGACCUCCACAACCAGCAGUUACUGGACCUCCACAACCAGCUGAAGAACAAGGAACUGGACCUCCACAACCAGCUGAAGAACAAGGAACUGGACCUCCACAACCAGCUGAAACUCCACAAUCAACUGGAACUCCAUAAAAAUCUGCAAGGCACUUGACAGCUCACUCUGGUUCUAGGUUUUAGUUAGUUAAUAAAUUUAUAGCUUACUAAGCGUAAUAUGCACGAUUAUUGUGUACUAUAGUGUAUGACACCUACCCUUAUCUACAGCUAGCACAGUAUGUGGUUAAUUAGCAUCAUAGAUAUUUGAUAUGUGCGAUAGAACGUUUGUUCUCUAGUGUGUCUACG